AUGGAUUCAAACAAGUCAAACAACCUCAACAAACUUUUUUGGGAGGUGAUUGAAGAAGAACUUAUGGACAACACAGAUGAAGAACUAUUGUUGUCAAUGCUCGAGAAGGAACGUCAAUCUAGAAAUUCAUCAAGGCGAAAAAGAAGAUCAGUGAUAGAUCGGAAUCGUGAAGAAGGGCAUAUACGAUUAUUCAACAACUACUUCUCAGAAAAUCCAGUAUACACGGAUGCCCAAUUCCGUAGAAGGUUCAGAAUGCAUAGGCAUUUGUUUCUUCGAAUUGUAGAAACCCUUAGAAAUUAUGAUGAAUAUUUUCAAAUGAGGGUCGAUGCAACUGACGAAUAUGUUCGAAUUGGUGAAAGCACUGCAAUUGAGUGCUUAGAGAGAUUUGUAAGGGGCGUGAAUGAGGUAUUUGGGGCUGAGUAUUUGAGAAGGCCUAAUAGCAAUGAUGUUGAGCAUCUUUUACAAAUGAGGGAGUCAUGUGGAUUUCCAGACAUGCUAGGUUCCAUUUAUUGUAUGCAUUGGGAAUGGAAGAAUUGUCCUGUUGCAUGGAAAGGACAAUUUUGUCGAGGUGAUCAUGGUAAACCCACGAUCAUGCUUGAAGCAGUGGCAUCACAAGACUUAUGGAUUUGGCAUGCAUUUUUUGGUAUUGCAGGUUCAAACAAUGACAUUAAUGUGCUAAACCAAUCUAAUGUGUUUAACGAUAUUUUGGAAGGACGUGCUGCUACUGUGCAAUAUACAAUCAAUGGGAAUCCAUAUAAUAUGGGGUAUUAUUUAGCGGAUGGUAUAUAUCCUGAAUGGGCUACAUUUGUCAAGACCAUUUCAAUGCCACAAGGAGAAGAGAGAAAACUAUUUGCACAACACCAAGAAUCAGCUAGAAAGGAUGUGGAACGUGCAUUUGGAGUGCUUCAAUCUCGAUUUGCAAUAGUACGUGGUCCAGCGCGUGCUUGGCACAUGGAAACCCUCAAGCAUACCAUAUAUGCUUGCAUCAUAUUGCACAACAUGAUUGUCGAAGACGAACGACACACAUAUGGAGGUGAUUUUGAUUACUGUUACGAUAAUGCAGGUAACAACAACUCAACGACUGAAACAUUUAGCGGUCCUCACCCGAAUCUUGCAACAAGACUACAAAGAAGAGCAACUCUUCAUGAAAAACAAGUUCAUCGCCAACUUCAAGGAGAUCUAGUCGAGCAUAUUUGGGAAUGUUUUGGACAUGAGGACGAUGAAAAUUAA